UCUCUUAGUGUAACCAUGGGAAGUUUUAUUUGCGUGAUAAGACAACAGGAAAAAUGUUUCCUUUUCGUCAUAAGAUUGUCUUCCAGUCAUAGGGAACUGGCUGUCUAGGUUAGAUCAUCCGUUCCCAAAAGUGGUACAAGACUUUUUUCCUUUCCUUUAAGCAAAUCUGCGGAAUUUGUUCCAGUCUUUCUCUCUGGGGGUGAUCGCCUUCCGGUGCGGUCUAGUACAUUAGGGUUGAUUUUAUUUCGCAGGCUCCCAUUGGGCGGUACAGUAUUGGCCUCGUUCGAUGGUUGGCUGUUUACCUUUUGGCCUGACUGUGUGAUUGGCUGACUGAGAACCGGGGCGGGAGGCGCGAAUUCGUCUGUGUGGCGCUGCAGAGUCCGGCGCGGACAGGGAGGAGUGGCAGUACCUUGGCACCUGGCAGCGCGGUAACAGUCGUGAAGAAGCACCUAAAGUACAGAAGAAGGCAGGAUGUCCUCAGUGUUGUCUGAGUACACCAUUGGUGGGGUGAAGAUUCACUUUCCCUGUAGAGCUUAUCCAGCGCAGCUUGCUAUGAUGAAUUCUAUUGUCAGAGGGCUAAACAGUAGCCAACAUUGUUUGUUGGAGAGUCCCACAGGAAGUGGAAAAAGUUUAGCCUUACUUUGUUCUGCAUUAGCAUGGCAACAGUCUCUUACUGGGAAGCCAGUGGAUGAGGGCCUGAAUAAAAAGCCUGAAGCACCAUCUUCGUGUUCUUGUUCAUGCCAUUCAAAGAAUUUUACCUACAGUGACACAAACCUGGACACUUCACCUCAUUUCAGUAGUCCAAGCAAACCAUCUUCGGAAAGAAAUGCAGUCUCAUCGCCCUGUCGAGACUCUCCUGAAAGAAAUAGUCUGGCUGCAAAGUUAUCUGCCAAGAAACAUGCGUCCAUACACGAGGAUGACGAUUUUCAGGUAGAGAAGAAAAGAAUCCGACCCUUAGAAACGACACAGCAGAUAAGAAAGCGUCACUGUUUGGAAAAGGAUGUCCACCAUUUAGAUGCACGACUAGCUUCGGAAAAGAGAGUAAAGCCCGAGUCUCCGAUACGAAAGACCAGCUCCUCUUUCCAAAAUCCUGAUGGCCUUUGUUCCAGAUGCUGUUGCUCUGCUAACCAAGGAAUUAACAAAGAGUCUGCAAACACUGUUAAGAAAGAUAAUGGGGACCAAUCCAAGAGACCUAAAAUUUACUUUGGGACACGAACACACAAGCAGAUUGCUCAGAUUACUAGAGAGCUCCGUAAAACAGCUUACUCAGGGGUCCCGAUGACUAUUCUUUCCAGUAGGGACCAUACCUGUGUUCAUCCUGAAGUAGUUGGAAACUUCAACAGAAACGAAAAGUGCAUGGAAUUGCUGGAUGGAAAACAUGGGAAGUCCUGCUAUUUCUAUCAUGGCGUUCACAGAAUUAGUAAUCAGCAGACAUUGCAGUUUCUUCACGGCAUAUCCAAAGCCUGGGACAUAGAAGAACUUGUCAGCCUCGGGAGGAAACUGAAAGCUUGUCCCUACUAUACAGCUCGAGAACUGAUAGACAGUGCCGACAUAAUUUUUUGCCCCUACAACUACCUCUUAGACUCACAAAUAAGGGAAAGUAUGGAUAUAAAGCUGAAAGAACAAGUUGUCAUUUUGGAUGAAGCUCAUAACAUUGAAGAGUGCGCUCGGGAAACAGCAAGCUACAGUGUAACGGAAGUUCAGCUCCGGUUUGCUCGGGAUGAGCUAGAUAGUUUGAUCAACAGUAAUAUAAGGAAGAAAAGCCACGAGCCCCUACGUGAUGUGUGCUAUAACCUCAUCAAUUGGUUAGAAACAAAUUCUAAGAAUCUUGUAGAAAGGGAUUAUGAGUCGUCUUGUAAGAUAUGGAGUGGAAAUGAGAUGCUCUUAAACUUACACAGGAUGGGCAUCACCGCUGCUUCUUUCCCCGUCUUGCAGAAACAUCUCUCAGCUGUUCUUCAAAAAGAAGAAAAAGUCACAUCAACCCAUGGUAAAGAGGAGGCAAUACAAAUACCUAUUAUUAGUGCAUCAACUCAGAUCAUGCUCAAAGGACUCUUCAUGGUACUUGACUAUCUCUUCAGAAAAAAUAGCAGAUUUGCAGAUGAUUAUAAAGUUGCUAUUCAACAGACUUACUCCUGGACAAAUCAAAUUGCUAUUUUUGAUAAAAAUGCGCUCUUGCCUGUACCAAAAAAUAAGAAACAUUCACGACAGAAAAUUGGAGUUAAUGUGCUAAACUUUUGGUGCUUAAAUCCAGCUGUGGCCUUUUCAGAUAUUAAUGACAAAGUACGGACCAUUGUUCUAACAUCAGGGACGCUGUCACCCCUGAAAUCCUUUUCAUCGGAGCUUGGUGUUACAUUUAACAUUCAACUGGAGGCCAACCAUGUCAUCAGUAACUCACAGGUUUGGGUUGGUACUGUUGGCUCAGGCCCUAAGGGUCGGAACCUCUGUGCUACCUUCCAGCACACUGAAACAUUUGAGUUCCAGGAUGAAGUGGGAAUGCUUCUGUUGUCUGUGUGCCAGACUGUGAGCCAAGGAAUUUUGUGCUUUUUGCCAUCUUACAAGCUAUUAGAGAAAUUAAGAGAACGCUGGAUUUUCACAGGCUUGUGGCAUAGUUUGGAGUCAGUGAAGACGGUCAUCGCAGAACCCCAAGGAGGAGAAAAAACUGAUUUUGAUGAAUUGCUACAGGUGUACUAUGAUGCUAUCAAGUUCAAAGGAGAAAAGGAUGGAGCCCUUCUCAUAGCAGUUUGUCGUGGCAAAGUGAGCGAGGGUCUGGAUUUCUCAGAUGAUAAUGCCCGUGCCGUCAUAACCAUAGGAAUUCCUUUUCCAAAUGUGAAGGAUCUUCAGGUUGAACUAAAACGACAGUACAACGACCACCACUCAAAAUUGAGAGGUCUUUUGCCUGGCCGUCAAUGGUAUGAAAUUCAAGCAUACAGAGCCUUAAAUCAGGCUCUAGGCAGAUGUAUUCGACACAAAAAUGACUGGGGAGCUCUUAUUCUAGUGGACGAUCGCUUCAAUAACAACCCAGACCGCUAUAUAUCGGGACUUUCUAAAUGGGUGAGGCAGCAGAUCCAGCACCACUCAACCUUUGCAAGUGCCCUGGAGUCCCUGACCGAGUUCUCCAAAAGACACCAGAAGGUUACUAAUAGAUCCAAAAAGGAGGAGAAAUGUACAAAAGAAAAUGGGUCCACUCUGGACGUGGCCUGUUUGGAGGGUAGCACUCUUACAAGUGUGUCAGAAGCAAGUCAUCAGACGCCAGAAAACUCUCUGGAAGAAGAAGCAAAAGUGUGUGUCCAGGAGCAACGGUAUCCCCAGAUGGCUGCUGAAAACCCCUCAGGACCAAGUCAUGGCGUUUCCAGAAGGAAGGAAAGUGAUCCAGGACUAAGAGAAAAAUCUGUUCAGACAAUGAAAACAGAAAAAAGUGAGAUUUCCCGGUCUUCAAGCCCAACUUUUGGAAAGCAAACAGAGCCAGUCAACUGGCCUAUCUUUAAUUCUCUGAAACGGCAUUUCAAUAGUAAAGUAAAAAAUCGCACACCCGUGCUCAAGUCAUCAAAGAACCACGCCUCUGCUUCUUCCGCCUUCAAUAAAACUGCCUUGCCACUCACAGGUAAGUGUGUGUCCUCAAGUGCACCAGCAAACACACCACUAGCACCUUGCCCUCAGUCAGAAGUCAUAAUUCCAUCAGUGAAGGCUGACACUACUCCUGCUAAGACCCAUUGCAAACAGAAUGAGAAAGACCCUUCCCCGGAUGCUGAGCUGUCCCCAGUAACUGAAGAGGCCAAGGGUUCCAGUUCCAAUCCAGCUGUUGGAACAGAAGUAGACGACGACUCUGUAUGCUUUACACCUGAACUCUUUGAUCCUGUCAGUACGGAUGAAGAAAACAGUGAACUAGUUGAAACUGAUAGAUCCAGUAAUAAUUCAGAUUGUCUUUCUGCUGAAGAGCUUUUUGAAACUGUAACUGGAUUUGGGCAGAAAUGAAAGUCGAAGGUCGCAUGGACACAUAGUUGAAUGGAGUCACACCAAUGAAAGAGCAAAGCUGAUAACUUGUAUAAGUGAAUUAGAGGUGGGGAAACUCAGGCAUAGACACGAGGGCCUAUGCAGUAAGGGAGGGCUCCCUGGUGGUAGGUAAUGCUGUCAGGCUUUUGUUAAGCCUUGUUGUGUAAAUAAUAAUUUGUAUACUGGGUAAAUGUUAUAAUUUUAACUUUUUAGAUAUGUUUUUUCAUUUUAAUUCAUUAUCAGAUUUUAAGUAUGUUGUGUUCAGAAAUACAAGUUUUAUUCUAGAAUUCUAAGAAAUCUAUGCAAAGUACUUUCCUCUAAUACUUAUUUUCCUGGGACACUUCCAGUCUCACACAAUUACUCAUAUUUUGAAGUUCACUUAAUGUAUUUUCAUAUUGAUACACAAAGGUUAAUCUCAGUUAAAUCUAGCCACGCCUCAGCCAUAUGUCACUGUGUAUUUUAAUUCACAGACUAUGUUUUUUAAAAAUCACAAUUUGUCUCCAAAAAUUCUCUAUUUCAUUAACCUUCCUUAGACCAGGCAUAGAGAACACAGCUACUGUCCCAGCACGAGGAAGACAGGUUUAUGGCCAGCCAGGGUUGCGGAAUGAAACCCUGUUUUAAAGUCAAAAGAAAAAAAAUGUUUAAAACUAGUUUAUUAGGAAAGUUAAAGGAAAGAACAUGCAUAUUUAAUUGAAAUUGGGGUUUUUAAAUAAUACCCAGAUCCUAGCAGUACCAAAGACACACUGUACUGGCUGGUUUUGUGUGUCACCUUGACACAAGCUGGAGUUAUCACAGAGAAAGGAACCUCCCUUGAGGAAAUGCCUCCAUGAGACCCAGCUGUAAUCAAUUAGUGAUCAAAGUGGGAGGGCCCAGCCCAUUGUGGGUGGUGCCAUCCCUGGGCUGGUGGUCUUGGGUUCUAUAAGACAGCAAGUUCAGUAGUCGAGGGGAAGCAAGGCAGUAAGCACCAUCCCUCCAUGGCCUCUGCAUCAGCUCCUGCUUCCUGCCCUGCUUCAGUUCCAGUGCUGACUUCCUUUGGUGAUGAACAGCGACAUAGAAGUAUAAGCUGCAUAAACCCUUUCCUCCCCAACUUGCUUCUUGAUCAUGAUGUUUGUGCAGAAAUAGAAAUCCUGACUAAGACACAUACAUUCUAGUAUAAAGUUUUAAUUCUAUAACUAUUUAAGACAGAAAACUUGGCAGGUGGUGGUGGCACAUGCUUUUAAUCCCAGCACUCGGGGGACAAAGGCAGGCAGAUCUCUAUGAGUUCCAAGACAGCCUGGUCUACAUAGUAAGUUUCAAGACAGCCAGGGCUAUACAGACUCUUGUCCUGAAAAAAAACAAAAAAGAAAAGAACAUUUGGUAUGUACAUUUAAUAAAUAAGUAAAUGUUGCACGCACACAACACACACACACACACACACACACACACACACAUAUAUAUAUAUAAAACAGACCCUGAAAUAAUGCUCCCUUAAAGAACAAGAAACAAUCUAUUGUGAAUUUUGAGUGUGUGUUUUAGAGAGUGAGGCUAUGUCUGAUCAAAAAUGUUUAUAAAAGAUGAUCAUCUCUGACAUUCCAAAACUACACUGAUGCCCCCCCACACACACACAUUUAGACUUUUUAUGGUGGUUUGAGUUGAGAGAAUGUGGUGUGUGUGUGUGUGUGUGUGUGUGUGUGUGUGUGUGUGUGUGUAAAUAUAACUUACUCUCUUGUAAUUGUUGUCACGGAGGCUUAUAGCCUCCGGCUGCUAACCUCGGUCUAGUCCUGGAAGCUUCUAAGCUUCCAUACAGUCUUAUCUAGGCCUUAAUGUUUUUAGCCUCAAUAAUCUAGCUGAAUAAGCUCACCCCUUCCUAGUUCUUUUGAGCUCUGGCUGGCUGGUUCAACUCAGCUGUUCUGUCUCAAACUCCUCUCCAAGCUGACUGAUUUAAUCAGGCUUCUCUCUCUGUCAUUCCUGAAUUGCUCUGCUUGGCCUCAUAUUAACCAUGGCAAUAUGUUUGAAUCUUCUGACUCUUCAUUUUCUAGCUCGUUCUGUCUUCACCUGUGUCUAGCUCAUUCUUUCUUCAACUUUUCUCUGUAAAACUAUCUGAGUAAAACUGCCUGGCUGCUUUUUCCUCUCUGUACUGCUCUCUUAAGUAGCUUCCCUUCCUUCCUCACGAGAAUUCGGCAUAUUCUAUUCUGUCAAAUCUUUCUCUGAUUCAUAACUUUGCCACUCAAUUAGACAUCACUUUCAAACAUGGGUGCUUCCUUCUGCAAACUUUCAUUAUUUGUGACUAAAGGUGUGUGCUAAGGGCUGAGUCACACCACAAUUAAAAAUAGGGUUUUUCAGUAAAUAACACAAUUUCAGGGUUCAGAUGUGAUUAAAUAUCCUGCAACAUGUGUGUAUGUGUAGCUGGAGAUCAAGCCCAGGCCUUUGUAUGCUAAGCAGGGGUUCUCGCUUUAAGCCAUCUCCAGACUAAACUGAAAUUUUAUAAGCUGUUUAACUACUCUUCGUGCUUUAUUAUCAAGUUAAAAUUCCCAAUAAUCAUAUUUCUAGGUUCAUUUGAGUAAGUGAAUAUUAAGUAUGCACGUUUGCUUUUGUUUUAAUAGCAUUUUUAGAUUUGAUACAUGAAAUUUGAAUUAAUGGCUUACCAAGUAAGGGAAAUUUCUGUGGAUUUAGAAGGCGGCUUCUGCAUUGUUUUGAAAAAGAGAAACCGUUUUUCCUGUUGUGGAUCUUAACUCUUAGAUAGGGGUAGUCAUCUGGUCCUAGAAGAGAUUCAUGGUAGAAGAUGAGAACAGGCUCUGUUCCUGGCUGUGCCUCUGACAAGCUGUUCAGAUGGCAGUGCCCUUCCGUGGAAUUGGUUUCAUUUAUAAAGUACAGACUUAUACUAUAAAGGCUUGCAAAUCCCUUUAGGCAAAUUAAAGAAAUAUUUGUUGGUA